AUGGAUGAAAUAAUAACAGGUUUAUAUAUUAGUGGAGCAGACAUUGUUAUAUCUUCAAAAGGACGAAAGAUGAUAAAAGAUUUUUUUAUUAAAAAUAUUAUAACAAUAUCUGCUAUACCAAUACCUGAUGAUAAAAAAAUUUCAGGAAUAGGAUAUUAUUUUUUAUUUUGUAUGGAUCAACCUGAACAAGAUAUUUUAGGUAAUAAUUUUCUUGAUAAUGCUAUUAAUAUUAUUGAAAAUAAUUUAAAAGAUGGAAAAUUAUUAAUUCAUUGUGAACAAGGAAUUUCAAGAAGCUCCACAUUAUGUAUUGCAUAUUUAAUGAAGACAUUUAAAUAUACUUUUUCUCGAGCAUUUGAAUUAAUGAAGGCAAAACAUCCACAGUCAUAUCCAAAUAGUGGAUUUAUAAAGCAAUUAAAAAUUUUUGAAAAAUUAAAUUUUAAGUGUAAUGAUGAAAAUUUAAAAAAUUGUAAUGAAUAUAAAGUUUGGUGUUCCAGUACAGGAAAUAUACCCAAAAUAUGUGAAAAAUUAAAUUCCAUAUCAAAUGAUAUUAAAAAAAAUAAUUGUAAUAUUAUUAAAUAUAGAUGUAGAAGAUGUCGUAAUUUAUUAUUUAACACAAAUAAUUUAAUGGUUCAUGAAAUUGGAAAUAAACAAUCUAUUGAGAUGGAUGAUAACAAUAUUUCUUUAAAUAUAAAAAGAAAUGAUAAUCAAAUAUGUAAUUUUGGGUAUUAUUUAAUGCCAUUAUAUUGGAUGUCUUUAAAUGAUGUAGAAGGAAAAAUUAACUGUCCAAAAUGUAAUGAAAAAAUUGGACAAUACAAUUGGAGUGGUAAAAAUUGUAUUGGUGAAAGUAACAAAUUUUGUAAUGGUUUUAUUACUCCAUGGAUUUAUAUACAAAAAGGAAAAGUUGAUGAAGUUAAAUCUUUAAUACAAUAUUCAGAAGAAAAGAUAGAAGAUAAUUCCUCUGUAAAUGAUAGUUUAACAAUACCUAAAAUAAUAAUAUCUUCUUAA